GGUCUAUAAAAGGGGGGCCUUUUCCCUCUUUCCUCUUUUCCCAUCCUCGACUCAAAGCAUCCGCCCAACAAGUCUCAGUCCAUCAUGAGAAUAUUGCUCUGGUGCCGAGGACCUCGUCCGCCCGACAACGACAACAACAUAACCCCUUGCAAACACUGCUACUACUAUGCUGCAACGAUCGCAGUAUCUGAACAUCCUCCGACUAAAGAAUUUCGGAAUCAAGGGCUUAGUAGGAUUUCUCUCGUGGUGGUGGGCGCUAGUUACCCGGUUAGAACAACCGUAAUGUAUUGCAUGUGUAAUUGGGCCUAGUAGUAGUUGGUUGGUUGUAAGGAGGGAAUUACUUGGCUUUUCCGAACCAGUUAUCGCUGGUUUAUUCCCUGGUGUAGUAGCUAGUGCCAGUUUCUGUCACCUAAUACACUAAGCGCGUGAGACGGGGCUUUGCUUACCCUUUGACCCACAGCACCGCUUCGCCCGCAAUCGUUUUGCUUUCAACUUCCGACCCGCCCAAACACUACCAAGACAUUGCUAUACCGUCGCUUCUCACAAUCGAUCGGAGAGGGCUCCUCUCCAACACACCCUCCUGACUGUCAAUUGCGCCUAAAACUCCGCUGAAGAGAAACAUCAUGUACAGCAUUGUCAUUCUCAUCCUCGUCGCACUAGGAUUUCUCGUCCUGGGGCUUUUACAAUACUUUGGAGACUUUCGAAAACUGCCAUGGUACGCACUACUUGUGGCCUUUUUGGCGUGGCUUUUCCCAUUCUCUUUACCCCUCAUACUACCGUUGGACUUGGCAUCGACCCAUUAUCGGAAGUGCGUGGAGGAUGCGAAUGCGAUCAGAUGUGACCGGCCGUUAGCCUAUGUCUCCGAAGGAUUUUUGCGCACCUUUUGGCAGAUUGUGUAUUGGACAAUGUUCUGUUUGACAUGGUUCACCAUUCCUCUUAUGCAAACGUGGAUCCGUGCGGGCGACUUUCGUUUCGGCCGUCGGCUCUGGGCAUCACUGAAAGAUAAUCUGGUGUACUACGGUGGCCUCGGAGCUGUUGGACUGGUGUUCCUCAUCUACACAUUAGUUGUGAUGCAUAUCAAUAAAGAUACACUUCUUUCAAUGGGCAUUGCUGCGGCGAAUGCAUGGGGUCUGCUUUUAAGCACCGUUAUGAUGGGAUAUGGCUUGGUGGAGAUUCCACGGACGCUAUGGUUUGAUGCGAACACCCAGUGGUGCCUGAGAUACAUGGAGUUUACGGCGCCGCGAGUGAAGGAGAGUAUGGUGGACGCUGAAGCCGAUCUGUAUGACGUUUCCAGGGAAAUUGCUAUAGCAUCGAGGAAAAUAGAGCUUGGCGACGCUCUGCGGCCCCUUGUUGACAAGCUCAUGGAAAAAUGCCCAUUAGCGUUAGAGGAGCGCAAUAUUGAUCGAGAGGAGAUGGUAGCGACUGUCAAUGAGGAUUACCUUAUUAGCCUGCAUGCACGGAUAAAACGAGCUGUUAAAGUUUUGGAUCGAACGCAAGCGCAGUACCAGUUUUUGCUGCAGAAGGCCUUCCUGUACCAGGACGUUAUUGAAAAUUAUCGAAACAAGGAUAGAAAAUUCCAGUCUACGCUUGUCACCGUAUCCGAAGAUCGCUUUAAGGAUAUAAAACUUCGAUCAUAUUGGUGGUAUUAUGUCUGGAUUCGUCCUAUCGCUCUCCGCUUUCUCAGUAUCAUUGCGGUGCUGGCCUCCCUGGCCGUCAUUUGGUCGGAAUCGACCUUCCAAGUGGAGAGUGUCACAUUAUCCGUGCCAGCCGUGAUUUUAAAGUCGCCAUAUAUUGGAUAUGUUGCUUUGGAGCUUGUUGCAAUGGGCUUCAUUUUGUACAUGUGUGUUUGCGCAUAUUCAACCCUCUUCAAGAUCAAAUUUUUCGAUUACUACCUGGUACCAGAACAUCAUACAGAUGAAGGAAGCUUGCUCUUCAUUGGGAGUUACCUAUGCAAGCUGACCUUUCCACUUUGUUAUAAUUUCCUAAACAUGGUCACUGACGAUGAGACCAUGUUUGUAACCUAUCAGGGAAAAGCCGUCAGCUUAACGCCUCUUUUGGGUGAAGGAUACAACAAGUGGCUGCCAGAAAUCGUUCUUAUUUUUGCGCUUCUGACGCUCUUCAAUAUGCACGGACGGCUCCUGCGACUGUUUAAAAUCAAACAUUAUUCAUAUUAUGAGGCCAUUGCGCCGAAUGAUGCGGAUAUUGAAGAAGGACGACAAAUUAUUGAGCAAGCCCGUGCCGUUGAAGAGCGUAAACGAACUGGUGGCACGAUCGAUUCCCGAUUCUCAAAUGACAUUACAUCCACGUCGCGACAAAGCCGAAUUGGAAGCACGCGAACAGCUGGAACAGCAAAGGAUUUGCUAGCAAAGUACAAAUCAGGUGGUAGAUUUGGGCGAGGGGCACCGAGCAACGAUAUUAAUUCGACCGUCAAUGUACCUGCGGGUACGGCUGAUGGCACCAACGCGGGUGGUCUGUGGACGUUCAAAAAGGCCAACCCGUUCAAAGGGUUUGGCUUGUCGGCAUUAAAAUCACCGGCCGCCCCAACAGACGGAGGUGGAAAGUUCCAGCGACUUGAGGAAGACUUGGAAUCUGUGGGUGGACGAGAAGGAUUUGGUAGCAGAGAGUCUCUAAAGACAAACAAUCAAACAAAAAGUGGUCGCAAGUUUGGUGUGGUAUCUGGGACAUCCACAGCAUCAAAAACAGAUAGCGGAGGUGGGGGAUGGGGAGGGCUUGGAUCAAACUGGAGUGAUGAAAACAAGACUGCUGGGAGUGCUGGUGCGCAGAAAACACCCCCAUCAUCUCGAAAAGCAGGACCAGCCAAAGCACCGACCAAGAAUAUUUUUGAUGGCGUGUAAUCACCUCAUUAUUUUUUUUUCAUAAUAUAUAAGUUUUUGUGUACGUGAUUCUAUAUGCAUAAAAAUUGAAUUAUGUACUGUAUAACAAAUGAGACUACAUGUAACAAUGAGGUA